GGUUAAGCAGGCACAGAGCUGGUUUGGGUCUCCCCCUCUCUCAUUCACUUGCGCAUACAAGUGUGCUUCUUCUCUCUUCUCUCUUCUCUCUCUCUCUCUCUCUCUCUCUCUCUCUCUCUCUCUCUCUCUCUCUCUCAGAAUGAUGGCUCUGGGUAGAGCUUUCGCUAUAGUUUUCUGCUUAAUUCAAGCUGUUUCUGGAGAAAGUGGCAAUGCCCAGGACGGAGACCUAGAAGAUGCAGAACCGGACGACCACUCCUUCUGGUGCCACAGCCAGUUGGAAGUGGAUGGAAGUCAACAUUUAUUGACUUGUGCUUUUAAUGACUCAGACAUCAACACAACUAACCUGGAAUUUCAAAUAUGUGGGGCUCUUUUACGAGUGAAAUGCCUAACUCUUAACAAGCUGCAAGAUAUAUAUUUUAUAAAGACAUCAGAAUUCUUACUGAUUGGUAGCAGCAAUAUAUGUGUGAAGCUUGGACAAAAGAAUUUAACUUGCAAAAAUAUGGCUAUAAACACAAUAGUUAAAGCCGAGGCUCCUUCUGACCUGAAAGUUGUUCAUCGAAAAGAAGCAAAUGACUUUUUGGUGACAUUUAAUGCACCUCACUUGAAAAAGAAAUAUUUAAAAAAAGUAAAGCAUGAUGUGGCCUACCGCCCAGCGAGGGGUGGAAGUAACUGGACGCAUGUAUCUUUAUUCCACACAAGAACAACAAUCCCACAGAGAAAACUACAACCAAAAGCAGUGUAUGAAAUCAAAGUCCGAUCCAUUCCCCAUAACGAUUACUUCAAAGGCUUCUGGAGCGAGUGGAGUCCAAGUUCUACCUUCGAAACUCCAGAACCCAAGAAUCAAGGAGGAUGGGAUCCUGUUUUGCCAAGUGUCACCAUUCUGAGUUUGUUCUCUGUGUUUUUGUUGGUUAUCUUAGCCCAUGUGCUAUGGAAAAAAAGGAUUAAACCUGUCGUAUGGCCUAGUCUCCCUGAUCAUAAGAAAACCCUGGAACAACUGUGUAAGAAGCCAAAAACGAAUCUGAAUGUGAGUUUCAAUCCCGAAAGUUUCCUGGACUGCCAGAUUCAUGAGGUGAAAGGCAUUGAAGCCAGGGAUGAGGUGGAAAGUUUUCUGCCAAAUGAUCUUCCUCCACAGCCCGAGGAGCUGGAGAAACAGGGACACAGAGCCACUGUACACAGUGCAAACCGCUCAUCUGAGAUUUCAGUCAGCCCACCAGAAACAUUUAGAAGAGAGUCACCCUUAAUAUGCCUGGCUAGAAAUCUGAGUACAUGCAAUGCCCCUCCACUCCUUUCCUCUAGGUCCCCUGACUACAGAGAUGGUGACAGAAAUAGGCCUCCUGUGUAUCAAGACUUGCUGCCAAACUCUGGAAACACAAAUGGCCCUGUCCCUCAACCAUUGCCUCUCCAGCCGGGAAUCCUGAUACCAGUUUCUCAGAGACAGCCCAUCUCCACUUCCUCAGUACUGAAUCAAGAAGAAGCGUAUGUCACCAUGUCUAGUUUUUACCAAAACAAAUGAAUUUGAAUUAUAAGAAAACCCUUCCAUCGAGAACCAAAUGAUCACUGAGAUGGAAAGUCUGGAAUGCUUGCUCUCCCCCGUAGCUCACAGAAGAGAAAGUCAACGUGACCUUGCUACACAUCUUCAGCAUUCUAAGAAAUCAUUUUGCUCUCCUAGCUCAGAAGCGUUUGCACAAAGCAGGAAGAAUCUGUUUUCCCUGUUGUUGGAUUAGUCAUAAGAGUCCAUAUGACCCAAUUAAAAUUGCAAAACUCAGUUAAGUGAAGAAAGAAAGAUAAACGAAAGAAGAUAGAAGGAUGUGGUGAAUGCAGGAAGAAGAAAAGGAAAGACGUGAGUGGUGGGUCUAUUAUACAAAUUGACUAUUUAUCCAGCACUACACCACUGUUCUCAUUUCUUCCUCACAAUAAUACUACAAUGUGGGCUUAUCCAUUAUAAUUUUUAUUUUCUUUGUCAUAGAUGCUGAAGUUGAAAGUAGAGAUUUUAAGUGAUGUUCAAAUUUUUCUUUCAGCCACAAAUGAGGCACACAUUCCAACUUCAACCCUCUCUUGCCAUGAACCUGUUCUAUUGUUGAGUGUCAAACAUCAAAACUAAGUGGGUGGUUAUGUAGUCCAUUAUCCAAACUGAGUCAUUUUGGAAAGAAAAAGUUAGACAUAAUUAACAGUAACCAUAUACUGUAUAUGUCUGAGAGACAUGUGGAUGGAUGGUCAUUUUACUUAAAGUGGCUAUAGGGAUGAACAUGGAGGACAAAGUACAUUUAUGGGUGUGACAUACUAUGACCAUGUGUCAAAGGAAGUGGGAAAAGAAAAAAAGCACCAAGAUCAUUUGAUUUUGUUUUGUUGCUUUGUUUGAAAACAAACUCAAGAAGCAAUGAGUUAGAAGCCAAGAAGUUCCAGAGUCAGUUAUCAAGACCAUGACUUUCCUGCUGCUAUUAUCCAUUGGCUUCUCUGUGACAUUGUAGGAGGAACUAUGGCCAGUCUACAGGAGUUCAACAUUUAACAGUGAGUGGAGUCCUCCUAUGUGAGUCCUCCUAUGUGUGGAGACACCAUUAAGAAUUUCCCCCAAGUUCUACAUCCCUGGAUAUUGCCUGAACUACAGAAAAAGGGGGCUGCGCACACCACAAUGAGUGCCCCACCUGAAACUAUGCUCACAGAAACACAAAGAAUAUGAGUAAGUUAUUCAAAUUCAAAUGUUGAUUUAUGACUGCAAGCCACAAUUUUGAAUCCCUGCUGUGUAUAACCAAUCUCCUGAAGAAAACAACAAAUAACUGAAAGAUACUGUGGUUGGGUGCCUUAGCAUUACAAUUCUGUUUAAGUGUUGACAUUGUUUAUUUGAAUUGGAGUGUCUGUCGGGUCAUGUAUUAUAUCCAUGCAUUAUAUUCAGAUAACCACAAUGGCUGCUAAUGCUUGCUUAUAUUCUCAGGGACUGCAUGCAAUGUAACAUUACUGGUUGGUUCUGCCAAUUUUCCUCUUGGUAUUUAUAAAGGAAAACCAAAACUCUUGGUCAGAGACAAUAUGCAAAACAGAGAUGUCAAGUACUAUGUCCAAGUAAUGUGAAAUAUAAUGAGAAAUAGGUAACGAAUUUAUCAAUCAACUAUGUUUGGAUCCAGGGAAUCUCAAGUUAUUCAAUUCAUUCUCUGUAAGCCUUUGUCUCUCUCUUCAUCCAGACUUUUGCCUUCAAAUACAAGCAUGGGCUAUUUUCUGGAA